UACUUUAGAGAACUAUUUCAUGGACAUGCAUGGAUUUGAAACACGAAGCUGUGCGUUCUGUUCAAACGAUAGUCAUUAUUGUUGCACUGUAAAAAUGACAGGAAAAUAUUAAUCGGUGCGUAUUGCACUACUCUCCCCUACGUCCCGUAGUGUGAGGUUGCAAGCAAGUCUUGGUGAUAAACAAGCGAUGAGUGAAACGUGAGACGGAAGCAUCCUUUCGCAUUGGCCUUGAUUUUUGUUUGAGCUUCGAUUUCCUCGAGGAGGUCGUUGGGGGCUUAUUUCCUUUAUUGUUGCUCUGUUUUCUGUCAACAGAAAUUCACCCUCGCCCCCUGACUAAAGCCGCGAAUGGCAAUUUAUCGCAUCGCAGACGUCGAACGACCGUGCUCGAGCUACACAGUGCCUGUCUGCCCACCAAUUGAUUUCUCGUCACAAUAAAAACAAAUUUUAUUUUUCUUUCGUGUUCUGUGGCAGAGACCGUUUCCAACAGUUUUCUUCCGAAAAUGUGCACCACCGUUUUCUGUGCUAGUGUAACCUGAGGAAAGCAUAACGAAAAACCCCAACCGAAAAUGAACGGUGGUGCCCAAGGAGUGUUCGUGGAAAAGUGCUCGCGUGCGAAGAAAUAGAUCCCCCCCGAAAACGGAAUAGCAGGCUAAAUUGUAAUUAAUUAUAAAUCAGCUCAAGCCCGGGCUGCUAGGACCAACAGCGAACGAGUAACCGAGGAAAAGCUUUUGCAAAGUGGAAAACGAGUAGAUUCGGUGCCUUCUAAGUAGGCAUUGGGUUUCGGUAUUCGUCGAAGGUCGCCCAGCCUAACAGCGCCUGAACAUGGUCCUGCCGUCAUGGUCCGUCAGCAGUGCCAUUACCGGAGGGACCGGUGGUCGCUGGGCUCUGGGAGUCCUCAUCCUGACGAACCUGAUAGCCUACAACGAAACGGGUGGCCCCGGGAUGAUGAUAAGCAUGGUCAUCGCUGCGAUAUUUGCCAUUUUCUCCGGCGUAUGUAAGGCGAGUGUCAAGUCGCUUCAAAUGUACUACAUUCGAACCACGCACCGAACAGAUUUCUUCUGUUUAUUCCUCGCCAAGUGGAUGGACAUUUUGGCGCUAUUCUCGGCGUGUGCUGUGCUCGUAAGGACCCUGAGCUCAUCGCUCGAUGCCAUGACCGGUGGCCUUGCGAGGAUGUACAUAUUGGGUCGCAAUUCCCCGGCGAACGAACCGUGGCCCGACGUGAUUGGGGUGGUGGUGAUUUUCCUCCUCACCGGAAUGUUCAUGCUGGGACUGGAAAACACGAAAAUUUUCAGCUUCCUCAUGGUGUCCGGAGUGGUGGUGUUCGUCACGGUAAUUAGUGUCGUCGCCGGUUUACGCGGAAACUUUGAGCUGUUUGCCAGCGAGGCAAUUCUUCCGAAGGGAGUCGUUGGGCUUCUUUCUGGCUCGGCAUUGUCGUGCUUCGGCUUCUCGAAUGACGUUCUAAACGGUAAUUACUGCAAACGACUGUUGGGAGUAGCUGUUAUCUUUGCUGUGUUGCUAUCAAACGAGCUAAUUGGUGCGUGCUUAACUGCGGUGAUAAAGUUCAGCACCUCACAUGAGUAUGAAGCAGUCCCGGUGUUGGCCAUCUUGGAGAACAAGGACUUCCACAAAGCGAUUCCGGCGGUGGCCUGCCUUCUGGUGCUGACCUGUUCCGGUGCGCUGCUUGAACUGUUUCCGGAAAUGUUCUACCAGAUAGUGCAGUUGACCACGUCCGAUUGGAAGAUUCUGGCCAAGCAGAUCGGGUAUGAGAAUAGGGACAGCGGAAGUCCGAUUCUGGCGGUGUUCACUGGAGGCAGUUUGUGCGCAAUGCUGGCCUUCGCUUGUCCGAUGGAGAACUUGGUGUACAUUCUGGCGGCGAGUCAUUUGAUGGCGGUGAUUCUAAGGGCAUUCUACUUGUUGUACAUCCCACUCAGACCUCAGUACAUGGAACAGCAAAAUGAUUCCUCAUUGGCAUACAGCAGGCUGAACAGCACACCCAAACCCGUCCCAACGCAGUCGACUUCGAUCAAAUCGAAGAAGGCUGUUUGGUUCUUCCGGAAGCCUUCGGUAGCUUCCAGCACCAACCACGUGCUCUCCGGCAACCGAACCAACAAAAAUGUCCCUCGCGAAGAACACGAACGCGAAUGGUUGCUUCUGGGAGAACCCCCGUCCCCAAAGGUACCGGACAGUCCAGCCAAUAACGUAGAAUCGACCAUUCUGUCGGAUCAGGUUUCGGAUAUUGAGUGCAUCGCUCUGGCCAAGCCAGAGAACACGGAUAGCGACGAGGAAAGUAGCACCGACAUCGAUGCCAUUGUGGACGAGUACCGGCAGAAGGUAAAAGUUUCGGCGGCUGGUCCGUUGGAUAACAACACACUGAGGCUUCCUUCGGCGGCCAGCUGGAAGUUGACACUGGUGUUUAUAGGGUUAAUCGUGACGGGGAGUGUGCUAACGUCCACAGGGCUGAUGAUGUGGGAGACGAAUACCAUUAUUGUUGGAGUUAAUCUGGUCUUCAUUCCGUCCGCCAUUUUGAUGCUGUUUCCAAAAUACGACCAGACUACUUCGACGACGCCGUCAACGCUCACCUGUACGAUCACGCUGUUGGGAUCGACCAUCCUGUAUUCUGCGUCUUUUCUCCAAUCAUGGCCUGCUUUACUGUUGUGGUUUGUUGCAGGCCUCUUCCUAUUUAUCCGGUGCGAUACGUGGUGCUGUCUUUGCCUUGAACGUCCUCCGUCUACGCAGACCUUAAUAGCCAGCGUCUCCGGAACCAGGACUACCAUCCGUGUGCCCAGACCCCCGAAAGGAUCCAUCAUUCCGUCGCGCAUCGCAGGCCACAGCUGACGACAGUCCGAGAGUUCGGAAAGCGAAUUCUUCGACGAAGAGGACACGGUUGAGGAGUGGACCGACUGAUGGCUCUAAGUGAAGUCGCAUUCGGGCGAACAUUUGAAUAAUCUUUUAUAGAGCAGUCUGAUCGUUUUGUGGAUGUCUUUCUACUUUUCGUUCCCCCACUCGAUAACAAUCGUUGUUGCUCCAAGAAACCGAAAACCAGAUACGUGUGAUUUUACAAUAAUAUUCGAAAACGAAUCAAAAAGAGUAUAUGAAGCUGUAAACUGUUACAUGUGAUACCAAAUGUGGAUUGUAGUUCAUAAGACCGAUUAAAUUCAAUUAACGGAGUAGCCGUUGCAUUCUCUUCAAUGUCAAUUUGAGCGGUAAACAUUACCAUUGUUGAACUGCAUCUGCUAGCAAGAAAGAAAAUCAUGAAACUAAAUAGACAAGCAAUCAUUUCACCGAAAAGUAUUAGUUAAGGGUAGAUCUGAGAGCAUAGUUCCAAAAGUGCAAUAAAAUGGACGAUACCAAAGCAAAAAUCUUAACAAAUUAGUCAGCAGUAGCAUUUUUACGAAGCAUUUAAUUUUGAUUGAAUUUGUAGUUAUAAGAUUCAAAUAAGCUCAUUGGCAAUGAUAGGGGAGGAAUGUUAGGAUGGGUCAAACUACCCCCCCAAAUAAUUUUGAAAGUUACAUUCCUAGUCCUGACGCAAAGUUUUGCCAUUACAUAAUUAUAUUCGCCAAAGAAUACAUAGUAGAUGGUGAGAUCUCUAGAAAGUAGAGAAACGGGAAUCUCACGAAGAAGCGGCCUUUCCGUAGCGACGAAAAUUUUAACACAGAACAACAGAAAUAACAUUAUUUUGAAAAAUUGUAGCCGAAUCAGUAGUUUACAGAACGACAGAUUUUAAUAUAUUCGCGAGAUGCUUGCAGUUUCAACUAGGUAGUUUGCAGAAAAGAGGGUGUUCGAAAUGUGAUUUGAACAAUUUUGGAAAUGGGUAAACUGAUGUCUUCUAAAAUCUUUAUGUUCAUUAUAAAAUCAUUGAUUGUUCUAUGUGUGCUUGGAAUUUUGAACUUUCGAUAAACUACUUUAAGACAAAUGUUACAUCUUUUAGGUGAUCAGUUACGUGAGUGUUUUCUGGUUGUAUUCUUCUUGCUGUAUUAUUACUGUUGAAAUAUUGGUUGUAUUUCUGAUCUGUGCACCUAAAAAGUGCGUCUAACUAUUUAUUCGAUUGAAUGUUA